GAUAAAUAUAUCAUGCAUUAAAAAACAAUCAGCGUUUAAAGGGUUAACAUUCAGAAACUAAAUAGAGUACAAAAUAACACAAAUUAUCCAAGAAAAUUCAGUAAAUUAUUUCUCCAAGGGUAUAAAAGGGAGAGGGGAACAGGGAUAAUUUCAUUUUUAUUUGGCUGCCUGCUGGGGUAACCCCUAUGAAUUGGGGCCCAGCAGCCAUUUUUUUUUUUUGUGCGCAUGACCUGAUGAAGACCCAAGUAGGGUCGAAACGUCGUCGACGCGCACAAUGUAUGUACAUAGUUCAUGUGUGAUCAUGUAUUGUUUGUUUGUUUGUUUGUUUGUUUGUGUGUUGUGUAUAAAAACAAAAAAAUCCUAAAAAAAAUGGAAAAUAUUUAAAAACAAAAACAAAAAUCCUAAAAAAUUGGAAAAUAUUUAAAAACAAUAACACAACACAUUAAAACCAAGUCAACAACAACAUUUAUUAAGCACAAGUCGUGUUUCCUGGGGGACCGGGGGAGCGUGUCCAGUGGGCGAAGGCCCGUGCAUUCCCCGCUCCCCGCAGACCCAAGUAGGGUCAUUCUAGGGGAGACGGGAUUCUUUCCCAAACCUAACCCUCUCGUCAACAACGCUGUGCUCGCUCUGUCUGAGCAAAGCAACAAAGUCUUUGUCUUCAUCGAUCUGAUGUCUGACAGUCAGUCAGCUCUCCCGCAGGAGUUGCAAAGAAAAUACGUACUGACUCGGCAGGUUGGCACAGGGGUGUGUGGUGAAGUAAAACUAGCCUUCGAGAGAUCCACCUGCAAAAAAUUUGCAGUGAAAAUAAUAAACAAGAAGAAUUUUCAGUCUGAAGGGACAGCAACGCGAAAUGCGGAGACAGAGAUUGAAAUUCUGCAGCGAGUGAACCAUCCUUGCCUCACAAAGACAGAAGACUUCUAUCAGACAGAGGACAGCUACUACAUUGUCUUGGAGCUCAUGGAAGGAGGAGAACUUUUCCAAAAAGUGAAGUCCCAGGGGCAGCUGAAGGAGUCAAUCGCCAAACUUUACUUUUACCAGAUGCUGAGAGCCGUCCAGUACCUCCACACCAAUGGAAUAAUCCACCGAGACCUGAAGCCAGAGAACAUCCUGCUGUCCUCACACAAUGAUAUCUGUCUCAUAAAGGUUACGGACUUCAACCAGGAUAGGAGACAGGAGGUGCACGGUCCAUCCCCCUGUUCCCCGUCCCCCACGACCCCGUUUGGUAUUGCUGAUUAUUAGUGCGGUACGGGCGUCGACCACGCCUUUUCCCGUACCGCACUUCAGUCCAGUCUUGUUGCUCAUAAUUCAUGAUUGUUUUUAAUCUUUUUAAUUAUUUAUUACUAUUUAUUAAUGUACUGUAUUUAUUAAACUAUGUAUUUAUUUAUUUGUGUAUUUAUCUAUCUAUUUAUUAAUCUAAUGAAAUGAAAAAAUAUUUAAAACAAAAACUGUAUAUAAAAAAUGAAUUGUUCUUUAAUUUUUUUAUGCUUUUUUUGUUGUUUUCUGAAAUCAAAAUGAAAUAAAAGAAAGAAAACCAAAUAAAAUGCCUAUGAGGAGGAAGAAAUAAAGAAAAGGUGUGAUAAAGAGUGCCCAGUUGCAACGUUUCGACCGCUGUGGGUCUUCUUCAGGCUAUGGGCACAAAAAGAAACAUGUCCGGACUUGUCUGAGUAUGUCUGUGAGAUGUUUGCUCUUCAGGACACAUAGGAGAAGUGGGAGCCUCCUAACCUUAACCCUAACCCUAACCCCUAACCCUAACCC